AUGCUCGACGACUUUGCCAAAAAGGAGUACGACCUCUGCCGGGCAUUCGCCUCUGCGAAGCUGGCACCAUCCCCGAUUUCUCUGGAUGGCCCUUGCUGCGUUCCUGGGGGUGAGCUUUACUGCAUCCGGAUGGAGCGCAUCACAAACACACUCCACGGUGUUCUUUGCGCCAAAGGCUGUCGCGGACUUCGACAUGGCUUAUCACCUCCGGAUGCUGCUGUGGCGAAAGGGAUCGGCUCGGCCAUGGUGCGAGCCUUUCAAGACCUCUUCGAUGCAGGGCUGGUUCACGGUGACCUGCACUUAAACAAUGCUGGCCUGAAGGACGUGGAGUCGAAGCCGGCAGUCCAGCUGAUCGACUUCGGGCGCUCUGCCAGCAAGGCCGCAUGUACAGGGAAGCCUUGCAACGAAGCCUUCCGUGCCGGCCAUGAGUACGAUGUGUGUCGAUUUGUGAUGGAGCUUUGCCAAGCCUUCGAUGAGCUGCAGUACGAGUUUGAAGAGACCAUCCAGGAGUGUCAGAAAGAACUCCGAGAGCUCAAGCGGACGAAAGAGGCGACCUCCCCCGUGGCGGACUGGGAACUGCACGUGGCCCGGCAGAUCGCCGGGUUGCAGGCCUUUCUGGAAGAGGAGCCGAAGGGUCUGGAACGGGUGGAGAUGGCCUUCGAUACAGUCCUGGGCGCUGUUCUCCGCUAUGCUGUGGUCCGUCUCGAGCUUCCGGUAGAGGGCACGGCCUCCAUUCGAAAUCGCCGCAUGCGCCAGGUGUGCAAGAAGAGGGAGACGGCUUGCCACAAGAUCUACUUCAAGUCCGACCUAUUCUGGGCCGACAUCGCGUGA